GGGUCACCGUGGGGAUCGCUCUUCCACGGGCCCGGCUCGGUGCGGCGCCGAGCAUGUGGCGCUGGAGCCGGGCCUGGAGGGAUCUUUCGGGGGUGACCUUGAAGCCCCCACUGCCUUCCCGGGGACCUGGCCUCCCCGGGGCCCCCGCCGCGCAUGUGAGCAGCGGCCCCAGGCCAGUGCCCCUGUCCUACAGACUGCUGGACUCUGAGGACACCCACCCGCCCCUUGUCUUCCUGCAUGGGUUGUUUGGCAGCAAAACUAACUUCCAGACCAUCGGCAAGACCCUUCAGCAGCAAACGGGCAGGAAGGUGCUGAUAGUGGAUGCCCGGAACCAUGGAGAGAGCCCACACAGUCCUGAUUCCAGCUACGAGGCCAUGACUGCCGACGUGGAGGCCCUCCUGCCCCAGCUUGGCCUGACCCCCUGCGUCCUCAUCGGACACAGCAUGGGGGGCAAGACAGCCAUGAUGUUGGCGCUGCAGAGGCCAGAGCUGGUGGAACGCCUGAUCUCGGUGGACGUCAGCCCACUGCCAACCACAGCCGUCUCAGACUUCUCUCCCUACUUGGUGGCCAUGAAGUCUGUGCAGGUCCCCAAGGAGCUGCCCCUCCCUCAGGCACGCAGAGUGGCAGACGAGCAGCUCAGUCUAUUGAUCAAGGAGCCUCCCAUACGGCAGUUCCUCCUUACCAAUCUGGUGAAAGCCAGCAACGGGGAGUUCGUGUGGAGGGUCAACGUCGAAGCCCUGCUCCAGCAGAUGGACAAGAUCAUGGACUUCCCCCUGCUCCAGAAAUCCUACCCUGGCCCCACUCUCUUCCUCAGUGGUGCCAAGUCCAAAUUUAUCCAGCCUGGUCACUUCUCUGAAAUCAAGCGGCUGUUCCCUCAAGCUCAGAUCCUGUCUGUCCCGGAGGCCGGCCACUGGAUCCAUGCCGAACAACCCCAGGACUUCAUGAGCAGGAUUAAACGCUUCCUGGCCUAGCAAUUGGUGGUCCUCCCUCUCCCCAUCUAUACCAGCUCUCAAGCACUCCGAGGACCCUGGGGACCAGGGAGCACCUGCCGCUGGUGAAGGAUGCUCAGCACCCUGACUCCAUCUACUUCAGAGUGGGCACCACAACCAGUGUUUCAGACUUUAACUAAUAAAGCUAUUCCCAGCCUUA